AUGUCUGCCCAACAGUCCGACUUUUGGUCUCCCAGCCACUACUCGACCCACGCCGCCUUUGUCCCCGUCUUGACCAGCAACAUCGUCACUCUCCUGGACCCCAAGCAGGACGAGCGCAUCUUUGACCUUGGCUGCGGCGACGGCGUCCUGACCCAGGAGCUCGUCACCCGCUUUGGCGCUCGGGUCGUCGGCACCGACUCGAGUCCGGCCAUGAUCGAGGCUGCCAGGGCCAAGGCUGCAGCCGCCGGCAUCGACGAGAGCCGCCUCCGAUACGAUGUUGUUGACGGCCAGAGGCUCGAGGAGGACAUCGGCGACAGCUACAAGGGCCCUUAUGAUGCUGUCUUCAGCAACGCAGUCAUUCAACGAAUGAAGAAAGAUCCUGAGGCUGUCGUUCGCGGCGUCCGUCAGCUUCUCAGACCUGGCGGCCGCUUCGUCGCCGAGUUUGGUGGACAUCUUUGCGUUGCCUCUGUUCGCUCGGCCCUGAUUGCGGCAGUCGGUCGCCGAGGCAAGGACGGCGUCGAACUCUCGCCCUGGUUCUUCCCAACCGCCGACGAGUACAAGACCAUUCUCGAGCGCAACGGCUUUGAGGUCGAAUCCAUCGGGCUGUUCCCACGCCGACUGCCUCUCCCCGCCGAUGUCGGUGGCUGGGUCGAUACCUUUGGUGCGCCUCUCCUGAAGCAUUUUUCCGAGGCCGAGGCGGCGCAGAUCCGACACGAGGUCGUCGAGCAGCUCAGACCGGUUCUCUGUGACAAGAACGGCAAGUGGGUUGCGGACUGCGUCCGCCUCCGAGUCAGGGCCAUCCGCAAGCCUUGA